AUGAAAUAAAAAAUGCAUUAGAGUUUUGGGCAAACAAUGUCCGUAGAAAUUGCUAAGAUUGCGAAUUACAAGAAUAUGUUUAAUAUUGAGGCUUUGAUUGUCAUUCUCAUAAAUUUUAUGUCUCUAAUGAGCUUCACAAUAGAGCCAGAGAACAAUUCAGGAUAUUUAUAUUUUAUUUAAUUUUUGAGUGUAUUCACUCGCCCACCAGACAUUUUAUUUGUGCCAAUUAGUAUGUUACUCUUAAUUUUGUAUUUGUUCGUUUAUGGAUGUCUAUUGUUAAUGUCAUAUUCACAAUACAGCAGUUAAAAUAAAAUGAUCAUCUCAAACAAGUAAUUCAAGCAACUCAGAUUCAUGCUAUCCUUGACUGCUGAGUGCAUAGUUUAACUCACCUGCCCAAUAUUAUCUAUCAAUAUGGGAUUGUUUAGCAAAUACAACAGCGCUUGGAUAACAGUGCCUAUCCUGAAUAUUGUGUUGCACUCAUUAAUAUUGUUUUGUUACUUUUAUUUUUAUCGAAGUUACCAAUUCAAUUAGUUAGGAUUGUACAGAAAUUUCAGUUUAAUUUCCUAUUGCUAUUACAUCAUAACGAUUUUUGUAGUCGCAAUAGAUUGGAACACUUCUCUCUCCAUUCAACCUUAUAUAUUAUUACUAAUGAGUAUUUUGAUGCUUGUGGAUCUAAUACUAUUCAUUCCCUAUAAAUUGACAUUUGAAAAUCAAAUUUAUUUAUUUGGUUGCACUGGGUUGUUUAUCCUGGGAAUGUUGGGUUCACUCAAGUAAUUGUUAGAUUACAUCACCAAAGACAAUGUCUUCGAAACAUUCGUUAUAAGUUACCCCCUCUUUUUUUAUUUAUUCUAAUUGAUCUAAAAUAUGAAAUGGAAAUAAAUGUUAUUGUAUAUGAGAACUGGAUCUAUGAAAUAGAUGGACAUCAGAAAACUAUGUUUUUCCUUGGAGGCCCUAGUUUGGUAUGUAGAACAAGCAAGAACCAGCCAAUAUGUCUUUAUGCAGGCUAUUUUGAUCUUGAAACACCACACUCAGAAUUGCACAGAUCAAAAUUGUGAAUGCAAGGAAGAUUUAACUAAACUCUACACUUAAAAUCUUGAGAGCAUGACCCAUCGAUCAUCAUUCUAAUCUAAGACUGCUCUUCUCAGCAAUGGGGACAAGAAUAGCAAUCAACAGAAUCUCUCUCAAAAUCUAGAUGUAAGUCAGUUCCAGAAGACCAUCAAAGAUGUCAGUAGGAGAAAUGAUUCCUAUGUUGGAAUUCCAGGAAUAGUUGAAAUCCAUCAGAAGAUCACCAAACCUCUCAUAUUCUAACCGAUGAAAUUCUUGUAAAAUGAUCUAAUAAAUGAGGAAUUGAUAUCUCAAUACAUCAAAAGGUAAUUUCACUAAACAAUUCAACAACUAUCUUUUUCACUCAAUCUAGAUGAUGUAGAGUAUCUAUCAUUGAAGUACAUAUCUUUCAUGUUUCUGUUCAAAUAAAAUAGUUCGUCCUCAUUGACCAAAUUAAGACAAAUCCAAAGCAGAACUGCUAAGUUCUCGUAUUUCUUUUGCAAUAUUACUAAAGUGACAGAAGAGCAAUUUAUUGAGGCGCUUAAAAUGAGACAUUUCGAAGAAAAGAGUACUUAUGACGAUAUUGUUAAAAUGAAUGUGACAGAGAUAUGGAGAUUGGAGAUGGUCAAAGAUGAAAUUGUAUCGAAUAUCGUGUGUGUCAUAAAGAAGAAGAUUAAGAUGUGGGAGAAUUUGUGUUCAGGUGAAAUCUCAAAUAUGGAUAGAUUACUAAUUGACAUCAUCAAAAUCUCUAAAUAAAUAGAGGACAGUCGAAAUUAGGUAGAUUAAAUCCUAGAUGAUUUUGCUGGAUAAGUCCAAAAGAAUUAUGCCUAUUAUCUAAAGUAUUAAUGUUUUAGAUCCCUCUUUUUCGACUCAGAUUACAAGAAGGCAGUGUUUUAUCAAAGGAAAGUAGAAGAUUCUUGGUAGUUGAGCAGAGUUGCACAUAAAUAAGGACAAAUCGGAAAUUUCUAAUGGCUGUCUGGAGACCUAGUCACUUUGGAAGUUAGCGUUGGUGUGUAGAGUGGAUAAAUUAUCAAGGGAUUUUCUAAUAGAUUAGUAGAUUUGUUAGGAUAUGUAAGUUACGAGGAUAUGAUUCAGAAUUUGCGUAUUAGAGGAUUAUAAUCUAGCAGUUCUACAUCGAAUUCUGAUAAAAUUGGCAUUUCUAGUAUUAUGCCUCCUUAUUUAACGGCAUCUCAUAAUUACUUCAUCCAAAGAUUCAUACAUAGAGGCUACACCUAUUAUUACGAUAAACCUAUCAGUUCAUUUGGGUGUGAUGCCUUAGGAUUUGUAUUUCCUAUCAAUGUGAACUUGUCAUUCAACUUUCAAAAUAUGAAUGACUUCACACUGUUAGGCUCAAUCUUAAAGAUCAAGGAUGAAGAUGAAUACUUAAUAUUUGAUGAAUGGGGACGUAUAUUGGGAGUAUCAAUGAGGACUUUUGAUAAAUUAAUCUUGAAAGGUGCACUUGAUGAAUUUGGCAUGGUUCAAUACAAAUCCAUCCAUUAGAAAUUAGAUAAACUAGGAAACCUCAAAAAUAAUUUGAUGAAUAAAAUAGCUAAGGAUGAUCAUGCUAAAUUGUUUAAGAAGACUCUUACGGUACACUAAAAGCAAAGUACUACCAGGAGUUAAGUUAGAAGGACCUAUUAAAAACCAUCUGAUAUUCUCUUAUAAUUUGGUAGUGUUCAGCAUUUCUUGCCUCAAAUCGGAAAAUAAAUUACAGAAAUACUUUCAAAGGAUAUUUUCAAAAAGUUACAGAGAGAAUCUCAAGAACAAUUCAAUAAAUUGAUGGAUAACCAAAACAAUUAAUAAUAAAAUGUGAUGGAGAAACAACAAAGCAAUUUAUUCCAAAGAUAACUUAGUUAAUUCAUUGAUCGAUAAUAGAGUAUAAACAAUUAAGGACUCAGUAGUGCAAUGUUAGACAAAGAUUAAUAUCGAAAUUUUAUACUCAAUACAUUUGUGGAUGACAAAGGACUUAUGAAGAAAAACAUGUCUAUCUUAUAGGAUGAGAAAUUGGUGCUUUAUGUUCCUAGAAAUUAUAAUGAAUUGAUUGAAUAUUUCAAUGAUGCAGGAGAACGAUUUGUUGAAAGUAAGAAUGAUUUUGAAACCAAAUCUAUAAGAAGAUAAUAAUUACAAAACAAAUACUCUUACAUCAAACAAUAGCAAAACUGUUAUCAUCUAUUCGAUGCUGAAUUUUAAGAUUUUAUUGAUAACAAAAUACGAAAGUACUAUUCAAAAGCUUUACUCAAAGAAGCAUUAGAAUCUCAAGAAGCUAAAUUGCUGUAGUAAGUGAGAUAUAAAUGUGUCUCAACCAUUGAUGUUGGAUUAGGAGGUAUAAGUGACAAGGAUUAGUUUCUCUAUUUUGUUUGCAGACUCUCCUCCUUAAAUCUGCAAACAGCCAAGAGGAAGGAUGUUCUGAAGAUCCAUAUGAAAAAAGAGAAAAACUAAUAAUUUGAUGGUGGCGAGGAACUGAGAAAAAGCUUGAUCCAACAAUUUUCAUCCAUGGACUCAGUGGACAAGUAAAAACCUGCUUGGGGACAAUCUCUAUCGAUAUAAUAACAGUAAGAAAGUUCUGUUCCUCAACCGUAAAUCAAAUUCAAAGGAGAGAUUGAUAAACCAAUUAUUGUAACUCUCGCCAUUCCUGAUAGUAGGACUUAUGUUUCUUCAUUGGAUCGAGAAGAAGGACCAAAUAUGAAGGUGAACUUUGAAGCUUAAAACUAAAAACUAAAUGAAUCCUCGUUUGAUAUAGAUGGGUCAAUGAGAGAGAGUCUAAUCUAGAGUGGCAAUCAUUCUAUGAAACAGUCAUUGAAUUUGGAUGUUCCAACAUUAUCGAGACAGAAUUCACUAGAAAAAAUGAAAUAAUCAUUAGGUUAAUCUAAAGAAUUAAACAAAGAAUUAUCUAGAAGCUUGUCUGAUAAAAAAGAAGAACCUCCAAAAAAGAAACUUAAGUUAUCCUUUUUGAAAAAAAUGGAAAAGGCUCUUGUUCCUAAAGAUCCUCCUGCUGGAAGUCCAACUACUCCAAUUGCUUCACCAAUCCCAGUGUAACAUUAACAUCAAUAGCCAGAGAAAUAACCAUCCAAUUUAAGUGUUCCUGAAGAAAAAAGAAGUUCAUUAUUAAGUCCAACAGGUUUAUUUUCUAAAUUAUUCACUCGAUUAAAUUUAAGGAGAGUAUCCAAUGUGGAAAUUAAAAACGAUUAAUUCGAAGCCCCUGAACAAGGUUUUAGGGAGUAAUCUGAGAAUUCAGACAAAGAAGAAAUAAAAAAAUGUGGACAGAGUACUCCAUCAGGUACUAAUUCUAUGUCCAGCAACAAUAUCACAAGUCAAGCAGAAGGGAAGAUUGAAGAUGAUGAUCUCAAAAAUGAUGACGAAUUAGUUAAUAUCUUUGAAGUCAUGAGUUAGGCUUCAAAUCAUUAAUCCAUUAAAUCGAUCUCAGCCAUCUCCAUGGCUACUCACAUAUCGUUAAGAUGUCUAAAGUAUUUACCAAGAUAAGCAAAAUCCCUGUAAGUUUUUAAAGUCGUCUUAAUUCUAUUGAAUAUAUCCAGCAUUAUUAGUUUGGUUUCGACAACUCAAAAUUACUUUGAUAAGCUAAGUGUAGAUCACUUGAGUUUAAAAAUUAAUAAUCAGUAUCGCUAUUCUGCUAUUGUGUUAUAGUCUGCUAAUUCAAUCGAUUAAUUAUCUAUUAUUCAAUUUUAGCAACCAGUUAAUGCUACUUUGAUGAAUGAACUAAUUACUUAUUGUUCUAAUUUGAGUUUAGAGAUUAGUUAAUCAUAUUUUGAUGUUGUAGAUCAAAUCUUGAGUGCUGUUUCAUUUCCAUUACCCAAACCUGAUGUUUUGAGUAUUCCUGAUGAAUUUUGGAUUGUAUCCCUUUCGCAAUUUCUGACUUAACAAAAAAUAGAAAUAGAUGCCAUUUAAUUAAUUAAUAAUUACAAUAGGAGUGAUGCCACUUUCCAUUAGUUGUAUAACAAUUCUAUUGACUAUUUGCUAAGUCGUCUUAUUUUUACUCAAUCUCAAAUCAACAAUAUGAGUCAAUAAUUGAGAGAUUACAAGAACAAUAACAUCUUAAAUUAAGCAUUCAUUGUGACUUAUUUAAUGGCAAGUUUUGGCGGAUUGCAUUUGAUAGUCAUAUUUUUAAUUGUUCCAUUCAUUAGAUAAAUCAAUAACAUAUAUUUUCGAGUCCUUUGCAUUCUAAGCAGAGUGACUGUUGAGGAAGCAGAAGAUGAAAUUAAAAAGUUAACUCUUUCUUAGCAUCUACUUGAGGCUCAAGAUGAUUCAUGGGUCACUCAAAACCAAGUCAAACUUGUGUUUUACAAUAAGAGUUAAGACAUAGAUUUAAAUCAAAAGUAUUAGAAUAUUGUCAAAGCAAAAGGAAAGGAAAGCUCAUAUUUUCAAUCAAAAUUAAGUGACACCUCUUUGAGUAUUUGGAAAGACAUGGGCCUAUACAUUAUGAUUUCCUCUAUUUCAAUCGGAUAUCUUAUAUUUUCAAUUAUCAUUAUCCAAACUCAGAUAGACACCUUCACUCCCUUUAUGGAAAAUUUUGAUUAGACUGUGAGUACCAGCAUCUAUUCUUCAGCUUUGAUUUCAAAACUAUCAAUCACUCCCGAAAGAUACGUGAAUCUUAAUAGCUCAAGCAUACCAACCCAAUAUACCCUAUAUGGCUAUUAGUAAAAUCAAUAAAUUUCAUAUUUCCUAUAGACCAUUACCUCUGAUACGAGCAAGAUCAAAACCUUUAUAACUGAUAUGACCACUUUUUUAGAGCAAUUAAAUUUGGAUUACAAUUAGAAUACAAGCAACACAAAUACCACGAUUACUAAUGAGUAGUAUUAAAAUAGAAUUCAAUAUCUGGAGUAAUUAAGUAUUUUGAGUGAAAUCAAUCAUAUACUCAAAGACAAUAUUUGCUAUUAUUCUUAACAAAAUUUAUGCCGAUUCGACAUCUAAUUCGACUUUUUUAAUACAGGAUUAAUUGGUGCAUUAGAUAUGCUCUAAAAGAUGCAAUUUAAUUAUGAUGAAUUUUUAACUGAAUACCAUUCGAUGUCCUAAUCAGACAUCUCUAUUGAUGAUGCAUAAUUAGUCAAUUAAUAUUACAAUUCACAAUAUUAUCAAUUAUUAGUGAUGUAUGGAUAAGAGUUGUUUUUCAAGACUUUUGAUAGAUUAAUUUAUCUCCUGGAAGCCUUUUUGAAUAAUGAAAAGAAAUCAAAAGAAACCCUUAUUUCAAAUCUAUUCAUAGGCAUUGGCAUUCCAAUUAUGAUUUUGACCAUAUUUUUAGCUGGUUUAGAAAUGUAUAUGCUCAAAAACAAAGUGAGAAGAGUUAUGCUAUCCUUGACAUAUCUACCAACAUUUAAAUACUAGGAUAAAAUCAUACUGUCACUAAUUAAAUCCAUACUGAAAAUUUGA